GUUCUGUCAUUAUAUUGGCAACACAAAUGGCGCGGCUGUGAAAAUCAUUUCAUUUCUCUCUUGUUUGAUAACUAAACGAAUUGGUGAAUUCUUAACAAGCGUGCAUUAAUUCUGUAAAUUGUGAUCAAGUGUCGAAAGUAAUAACCAUUUUCAAAUCCAUUGAAUAUAAUACGAAAAAUUAUGCAACAAUGGAAAGUCCAGAAUCGGACGCUAUUGAUGGCAAACGCACAGAAAAAUCACUAAGUUUGCUUACACGUAAAUUCGUAUCAUUGCUAUUGUCAUCGAAAAAUGGAAUAUUAGACUUGAAAAGUGCAGCUGAAAUUUUAAAUGUUAGUCAAAAGCGUCGAAUAUAUGACAUCACUAAUGUACUGGAGGGAAUUGGUCUCAUUCAAAAGCAAAGUAAAAAUAGUGUACAAUGGAGGGGUGUUGUCAACGAAGGUGACAUGAGCGUAUUGAGCAACAAAGUAUCAGCAAUGCAAGCAAGACUGAAUCGUUUACGUGAGACUGAAGAGAAUUUGGAUCGAUUGUGUAAGGCCAUGAGAAAUAACUACCAACAGGCAAGGCGAAGUCCAUCGAAUGAAUUUUUCGCCUAUGUUACGCGUGAUGAUUUGCUCGAUGUGUUUGGGAAAGAAUCGGUGAUACUGACGGCACGAAAUUUCGAUACCGUACGAAAGGGCGUUAAGAUCAAAGCCGAAGAUGAUUCAGAAGAGAAAAAGCAUACGCUUCAAGUGCAUGGUCUAUUCAAAAAGGUCGAUGUGCGACUAGUCACAACCGAUGGUGAGAUAACACGUAACACCGCCCGAACAUUAGAGGAGCCUGAAACGGAUGGCGAUUCGAGUGAAACACAAAAGACAACAGCAGCAAGUCAACCGGAGCCGAAAACUAACACCGGAGCUAGGAGACCCGGUCGUCGUCGCAAGCCAGAGCGUAUUGAGCUAAAAGAUGAUGACAGCAGCGUCGAAACAGAUCAAGUAAAACGCCUCAAAACCACCCUCACCGAAGAGGAAAAAGAGCUGGAAGAACGACGAAUUACGGCUGAAACGUUGCUUGGCUAUCGACCGUCGCUCGUGCAACGGAAACGCAAUUUGGAUGAAGAUUGGCUUGAAUGUAGCAACCAAUCCGAAUGCCACUCGUGCUCAUCCUUUAGUUCGACUAAGUCCGCCCCGUUCUAAGUACACAUCCACGCUGCGACGAACCGAAGGGAUUUGUGAUUUAUUCAUGGGUGGUUCCAUCAACAACACUCGCUAAGCCAAUACGGUCUAAAUUUUUGCCUUUGUUUCUCGUCACACUCGAAUGGUUGUAGAGGAAUUUCAUGGACCGUUUUCUUCUAUUUUAAAAAAAAAUUAGCUUAAUUUCGAUACUUUCAAAAAAAAAAUGAAUAAGACUUUCAAAACAUACUCCUGAUUUGGUGUACACGCAACAUUUCCGAACUUUAUCCCUAACCAUCAUUCAAAAAAAAAAUUAUUUAUUUGAAGAGAUUUGGAAUAAAAUUAUUGGAAAAUUAUGUUCAAUUUUAGCGGAGACUAAUAAGUUGUGUACAAAACAAUAAAAUAUGAUGAACAAAA